AUGGACAAAAGGCAACUCAUCGGCAGCGCCACCAGGUACAUCGCCGGCAGGAAUGCUGUGCAGACAGUGUACUGGAGGAAGUCCGCGGAGAACAGCAAGGGGCUCGUCAAGACGACCAGGAUGACAUUCUUCGGCAAAAACGAGGGACCAAACAAAGUUGACAGUGCAGAAAUGUUCGCGAGAGUGCGAGAAAGUUGGGCUACGACAGCCUAUAAGUGCCCACUGCUGAGCAAAGGCCUCUUCUCAUACGGAGAAGGUGCAGACACAGAAGAUGAAGAUCCUGGUGCCACUCAGCCUGACGAAGCAGUCGAGCUUGGUCGUGGAUUACCGCCACCUGCUCUAGCUGCGAGGCUGCCUGUCGACGAUGGGCAACAACCAUCUACGUCCGGGAUUCAGAGGCAUACAAGUGCUUCAGCCACACCUGCCGCUGAGGUGUACCAAGAGCAGGAGCCUGCCGCAGAGUCUGGGCCAGGGCUAUCCAUGCCCCUACUGGACUAA